CGCCAGACAGCAUCCGGAAGUCGCACGAUACUUCUCAAUCAUCAGCUACUUCUUACUCUCGGUGCCUUUAAAAUUGAUGUUCCCCCCCUCUCCCCGGCCAACCAAGCAUGGCAGACCCCGGGACCCUCACUGCAGAAGGGAAGCUGUCUGAAGAGUUUGCUGUUCCCUCCCAUGUAGAGGAGGUCAAAGGGCAGAUGGCAGCUUUUGCUGUGCAGCACAGGGCUGCAGGGCACAGGGUGGUGCUUAUCACCUCAGGAGGCACCAAAGUCCCCCUGGAGUCUCGCACUGUGCGCUUCCUGGAUAACUUCAGCAGUGGCCGGCGCGGAGCCUCCUCGGCAGAGUACUUCCUAGAGUCAGGCUAUGCUGUGAUCUUCCUGCACAGACACCGUUCCUUAUAUCCUUUCACACGCCUCUACUCUGGGAUUAAUCUGCUGGACAGCCUGCAGCUGGAGAGUGGAAAGGUCGGUUCGGUCUCUGACCAAGUCGUGGUCAACCAGCAGGCACUUCCCAACAUUGCCAAAGUCCUGAUGCGUUACCAGGCAGUGAAAGAGGCAGGGCUUCUUCUGCCUGUGGAGUUCAGCACCCUGUCUGAGUACCUGCACCUCCUCAAAGCAGCAGCACAGGCACUCAGCCCCAUAGGGUCCAAUGCCAUGUUUUAUUUGGCUGCAGCAGUGUCGGAUUUCUAUAUCCCAGCAUCUGACAUGCCAGAGCACAAGAUCCAGUCUUCCAAUGGACCACUUCAGAUCAGUAUGAAGAUGGUCCCCAAGAUGUUGUCGCCGCUGGUGAAGGACUGGGCUCCACAGGCAUUUGUGAUUUCCUUCAAGCUGGAGACAGACCCGUCCAUCCUGCUGGACAGAGCGCGGCGGGCCCUGGACAUCUACCGGCACCAGGCUGUGGUAGCCAAUGUACUGGACACCAGACGAGGUUACGUAGUGGUGGUGACCCCUGACACUCAGGCCGAGCUGGUACUCACAGAUGAGGAAGCAAGCAGAGAUGUAGAGAUUGAGGACAGGAUUGUCAGUAAUCUGACUGCAGCUCACAGCCAAUUCAUAACCCAACAAGGCUGAGACCCCAGUUAACCAUGCUAAGGCUGUCUCCGACUAAAUAUAAUCUUUGUUGACCGAAAGUUGUCUGUUCUUUCGACCAGUCAAUUGUGUAUUUUUCCAUAUAUACAGUACCAGUCAAAAGUUUGGACACACCUAC